UUUUCCUCCAGUAAGUGGAUUUUCUACUUCCGGUUCCCCCGGUGUAAGUGCUUCCGGCCAUUCAUUCCUUCUUCCCGUGUUAGCGCCGUAGUGGUCGUGGUUUUGCGGCCUAUCGGACCGAAAGGUUGGCGGCGCCGUGAAGGAUGAAGCUCGUGAGAUUUUUGAUGAAGUUGAGUCAUGAAACUGUAACCAUUGAAUUGAAGAAUGGAACGCAGGUGCAUGGAACAAUCACAGGUGUUGAUGUCAGCAUGAAUACACAUCUUAAAGCUGUGAAAAUGACCCUGAAGAACAGAGAGCCUGUACAGUUGGAAACACUGAGUAUUCGAGGAAAUAACAUUCGAUACUUCAUCCUCCCGGACAGCUUACCUCUGGAUACUUUGCUUGUGGAUGUUGAACCAAAGGUGAAGUCUAAGAAAAGAGAAGCUGUUGCAGGAAGAGGCCGAGGCCGGGGUAGAGGCCGAGGACGUGGUCGUGGCAGAGGAAGAGGGGGUCCCAGGCGAUAACUUCUUCCAUGAAUACUGUUAUGCAAUUCCACGAAAGUCACGAUAUUUUUUUGUACAGGUUUUGUUUACGAUGUCGGUUUUUAAUAAACACAAAUGUGGGAAA